UCUCUUCUCAGCUUUUCUGGCAAAGCAUUUUACACUUGCCCACCAACAGCAAUCAUCCCACACCUUCUCUUCUCCGUGUGCACGCCCCUCAACCGCUCGACUUUCUCCACGUCGAAGUUGAUCACCCAAGAUGCGCAUCGCCGCGUCUCUCGGGGUCCUUGUGGCCACCAGUCUCUUGGGUCAUACUGCCGCUCAGGAAACUGACUACGGAAACCCCAACGGGAGCCCAGUUGGUAGCUCACCUGGUGGUUCUAGCAACAUCAUUCCUGGCAACACCGACGGGUCUGGUAACCCUUCCUACCCAAGCAACGCUGCUGGAAAUGUUCCUGGCUCCUUGCCCAGCAGCGCCGGCCCCGGCUCUACCGACGGUGGUUCUGACGGUCUCCCCCCUAAUGGACUUAGUGGUGUCCCUGGUGGUGUUCCGGGAAACCUUCCUGGUAGCUCUUCUCUCAAUAUCCCUGGUGCUGGUUCGGUUAUCGUUCCUGGCGGCUUUCCUACCAAUGCACCUCAGAACAUCCCUGGCUCACCCGGUUCUCCCAACGCUGGUGUCUCUGACCUCCCCACCUGUUCUCUCCGCUCCACAAAGACUGUUGUUGUCACUGUCUACCCAACAGACACUCAGGACGGACAAGAUUUCCCCUGGCCUGACGAUUCGGAUUCUGAUGGCUCAGAAUUCCUAUCAGCUCUCCCUACCAAGCCUGCAGAUUUCACUUCUCUGAUGCCUGCAUCUUCUGUUCCUCCUUUCACCACGCUGACCCUCGACAUUUGGGGUCCCGAUGGUAGCCCUUCAAGCUCUGGUACAGGGUCAGACGAUGGUACAGGAUCUGGUGAUAGUAGCAACCCCGAAGAUGGUAACAGCGUCGGUGGUGCCAACGAUCCUAGUGAUGAUUCCGACAGCUCAAACUCCGGCUCCAACUCUGGGUCUGACUCGG